AUGGCGAGCGAUGACAUUGCUAAGUCUGGCGGAAGUUCUGAGCACUCCGCGUCAAAGCCGGAAACCCUCCAGGCGGACGUCUACGCAGUCUCAGACUCCGAUGAAGACGGCCAGGCCUUCGAGAAGAAUCCGUUCUUGGACCCCGACGUUGCUUCUCACUGGGCGGCCGUCUACGAGAAGUCCAAUUACGAGUGCCGACAUGUCUUUGAUCCGGCCGCGACCUGGACCGAGGAGGAGGAGAGGAAGCUCGUUCGGAAAUUGGAUUGGCGUGUCUGUCUAUGGGCUUGUGUCAUGUUCUUCGGUCUACAAGUUGAUCGUGGCAACUUGGUCCAGGCCGUAUCUGACAACUUCCUCAAGGACUUGCACCUGAAUACCAACGACUACAAUUUCGGGAACACCAUCUUCCUGCUGUCGUUCCUCCUCGCAGAGCUCCCCUCCCAGUUGGUUUCGAAGAAGCUUGGCCCCGACCGAUGGAUCCCCAUGCAAAUCACCAUCUGGUCUGUAGUUGCCAUGUCCCAAUGUGCCAUCAAGGGCAAAUCGGGAUUCUACGCUACGCGCAGCAUUUUGGGUCUCCUAGAGGGUGGUUUCAUACCUGACAUUGUUCUUUGGCUCUCGUACUUUUACACGUCGAGAGAACUGCCGACUAGGUUGAGCUUUUUCUGGACGACGCUUUCCCUGACGACCAUUCUUACUUCGCUUCUGGCGUUUGCGCUUCUUCAUAUGCGCGGUGUGGCUGGCUGGGCUGGAUGGCGCUGGCUCUUUCUCAUCGAGGGAUUGAUCACCUGCACCGUCGGUCUCGCAUCGUUCUUCAUGAUGCCUGCGUCCGCAGUGCAAACCAAAACAUGGUUUCGUCCCAAUGGCUGGUUCAACGAUCGCGAGCUCACGAUCGUUGUCAAUCGAGUGCUCCGUGACGAUCCAUCCAAGGGCGACAUGCACAAUCGCCAAGCCAUCACCCCUCGUCGCCUGUGGAAUGCAGCCAGAGAUUAUGAUCUCUGGCCGCUGUAUGCGAUCGGACUCGUUGCGUAUAUUCCGCAGUCACCAGAGGGUACCUACAUCAGCCUGACUCUCAAAGGUCUUGGGUUCAGCACGUUCAACACCAACCUCCUCACCAUCCCCUAUUCCGUCUUCCACAUCAUGACCCUCUUACUCCUCACCCAACUCUCCGAACGCACCAACGAACGAACCCUCGUCUCCAUGAUCCAACCCCUCUGGACCCUCCCCUGCGUCAUCGCGCUCCGCUUCUGGCCCGGCGCUCUCAAAGACGCUUGGGGCACCUACGCCCUCACCACCGUGCUCCUCUCCUACCCUUACUGCCACGCCAUCCUCGUAGGCUGGACCUCCAAAAACUCCAACAACGUCGGGACCCGCUCCGUCUCCGCCGCCCUCUACAACAUGGCCGUGCAGCUCGGCAACAUCUGCGCGAAUUUCAUCUACCGCACCGACGACGCGCCACUGUACCGCCGCGGCAACACCCAGCUCAUCGCCAUCAACAUCCUGACCAUCGUCCUCUUUCUCUUCACCAAGGUCUAUUACAUCACGAGGAAUAAAAUGAGAGACCGGAAGUGGAACGCCAUGACGCCCGAGGAGCAGCGGGAUUAUAAGUUGAACACGAAGUUGACUGGCUCAAGGCGUUUGGAUUUUAGGUUUGCGCAUUAG